GAGAGAGAGAGAGAAGGAGGAGGGCAGCGUAGAGAACAAGCAAACAGGAAAUCCUUGUUCAGGUUCAUUGUAAUCAAGCCGUCUUCUCCAUCGCAGCCCGCUCAGAAGACAGAGGGAGGUUUGGCAGCUAAUCCAGCCAGGUUUAUCCACAUGGGAGUCAAAUAACAAUCACAUCACAACCUCCUCCAGGCCCUGGGUCCACAGGGGGCAUAUAUAUCAAACGACUCUCAGAGAACUCGAUGGAUGAGGCGGGGCCGCAGCGAGAGCCCAAACAGGCGGACAGACAGGAGCCCCUCCCCACAGCCGCCCCCUCAGUGAAGAGAUCUCAGCCCUUGAGCAUCCAGAACCCCAGGCUGAAGGAGCAGGACUCGAUACCCAAUCCAUUCCCUGAGCUCUGCAGCCCCGCUCACUCUCCCAUCCUGAUUGGCUCCCCGCUGGGCACAGGCACACCCCCUGCACCCGGCACGCACCUGGUGAAGGUCUGCAUUGAGGACGGGCGCUCACGACUGCUGGACCCGGUCCCAGAGGGGGCCACAGCGAGGGACGUGUGCAGCCUGCUGGUGCAGCGCACCCAGAGCAGAGACCAGGAGACAUGGGCACUGGUGGAAAUACACCCCCACCUGGGGCUAGAGCGCUGUUUGGAGGACCACGAGAUCGUUCUGGAGAUCCAGGCCACCUGGCCACUAGAGGGUGACAGCAGGUUUCUGUUCCGCAAGAACUACGCCAAGUAUGAGUUCUUCAAGAAGCCCAUGCACUUUUUCCCAGAGCACAUGAUCUCAGACUGCCUGGACAUCAACAAGGGCAUGACAUCAUCAGAACUCAUCCAGAACCUGCUGCUGUCGGGCAGCUGCCCAGAGAUCCAGGGCUCCCUACAAGUGCGGCAGACAGGCAAGAAGGGCUGGAAGAGAAGCUGCUUCUUCCUCAGAAAGUCGGGGCUCUACCACUCCAACAAGGGCAGCUCCAAGGAGCCCCGGCACUUACAGUAUGUAGCUGACCUGGAGGAGCUGAAUAUCUACAGUGUGUCUCAGAGCAGGAAGCUGUACGGGGCCCCCACCGACUUCACGUUCUGCAUCAAGCCGUGUCGGAAGAGGUUUUGCGCACGGGAUCUGAAGCUGCUCUGUGCCGAGGAUGAGAGAACGAGAACCUGCUGGAUCACAGCCUUCCGACUCUUCAAGUUUGGGCAGCAGCUGCGGUGUAAUUACCAGCUCUCUGUGUCAACGAAGAAUCAGGACAGCGGCCGGCUCCCCCCAGGCAAGAGUGCGUCGGAGGCUGUCCUGGUAGCGAUGGAUUUCUCUGGAAAGGAGGGGGGGCGAGUGAUCGAGAACCCCAGAGAAGCACGGAGCGUGGAGCAGGAGGAGGGGCAAGCGUGGAGGAAGAAGACCAGUCACCGGUACAGUCUGCCCAGCUCCUACCAAUACUCUCUCAGCUCAGUGAUUCACCGCACGCAGGCCUGGUUUCACGGGGGAGUCUCACGGAAGGAAGCUCAGCAGCUCAUUCAGGAGCAGGGCCAGGUGGACGGGAUGUUUCUGAUUCGGGAGAGCCAGCAGCAUGCAAACUGCUUCGUCCUGUCACUGUGCUACCAGCUAAAAACCAAACACUACCUCAUCAUCCAGUGUGAAGAGGAAGGCAGGCUCUACUACACGAUGGAUGACGGCCUCACUCUCUUCACGGAUCUCAUUCAGCUUGUGGAAUUCCACCAGAUCAACUGCGGGAUCCUGCCUGUGCGUCUCAAACACUACUGUGUCUGUGUGGCGCUGUAACGAGACCUCCACACCACUGUGGGAGCUGCCUGCCCGCCUGCCUGCCUGUCUGUCUGUCUGCCUGCCUGUCUCUGUUGACAUGCAGCUUAAGUCAUGCUGUAUAAUCGUGCUGACAGGUGCUUGCAUUUAUACUUCAUGAUAGUCGGUGCUUUCUAUGAAAAUGGUCACUGACUGCGCCUGUGAUUCCCUAGAUAGAUGAGCGAGUCCACAGGCUUCUUUGCACACAGAGGGGAGGGUUUGGAAUGGGUUACACAGCCAAUACUUUAAGUGCAGUACAGAAGCAACACAGGCCCUGAGGACCAACACAGUGUGGAGGUAGCAGAGAGGGAAAGAGACACUUCUUCACACAGAGAGUGGGGAGGGGGUGGAAUAGGAUACCUAGCCAUGUUGAGUCUGAAUCGCUGGGAUUCUUUAAGACCCGGCUUGACAGAGUUCUGAGAUCAAUCAGCUGCUCGGAACCGGAUGAGUUCUGAUGGGCUGAACGGCCUCAUUUUCUUAUGUUCUUCUGAAAUAUUCUGCUUAACAGCAGCCUGGUGUAGUUUCACCUUCUCUCCACAAGAGGGCAGACUGAUAGUAAACAAUCGGCAGAUUUCCACGCAUUUAUAGAUGUCCAUGAGUAUUUAUUCAUACUGAGCACGCAGAAUACUUACCUGGAAUAUCUCCCCUUAAUUGCACCAUGCUAAGUUUCCUGCCUGUGUAUCUGUUUUAUAAUGCAUAGAUGGGUGUUUUUGUUUUCAAAUUUUUAUCCGGCCAAACCCAAACUCAUUUUAGUUUCUAAAAAUGAAAACAAAACAUCGCGACGGAGGGGAUGUAAUCCAUUUUAAUUGAACUUUCAACCCGUUUCUGUUGGAAAGCUCAGCUCACCUUUUUUUUUUUUUAAUUUUAAUUUUUUUUUUUUAAAUAAGGCCAGUUGAUAAAUAAUAUACAUGUAAAAAAAAUACUAUAAACUAAACCAAGUACAUCAUUUUACAAACAUCUGUUUAAUGUUGUGAUAUUUAGUACAAAACUGGGUUUGUAAAUGAAAGAUUGACCAAGGAAGAGUUCAACCCUAUAUAAUUUAUAAGCCGGUAAAUAAAAUGACAUUUCGUAUCAAAA